GCAGAGAGGGGUGGAGGACACUGAGUGGAGGCCAGUGGAGGGAUUGGCAGAGAGGGGUGGAGGAUACUGAAUGGAGGCCGGUGGAGGGAUUGGCAGAGAGGGGUGGAGGAUACUGAAUGGAGGCCGGUGGAGGGAUUGGCAGAGAGGGGUGGAGGACACUGAAUGGAGACCGGUGGAGGGAUUGGCAGAGAGCGGUGGAGGAUACUGAAUGGAGGCCAGUGGAGGGAUUGGCAGAGAGGGGUGGAGGACACUGAAUGGAGGCCAAUGGAGGGAUUGGUAGAGAGGGGUGGAGGACACUGGUGGAGGCCAGUGGAGGGAUUGGUAGAGAGGGGUGGAGGACACUGAAUGGAGGCCAGUGGAGCGAUUGGUAGAGAGGGGUGGAGGACACUGAAUGGAGGCCAG